AGAUGCCUGCCCAUCCUUUCCUACUGGUUGCUAUGGUGAGAGAUGACGGAGCCCAAGAUGGGUAUAAUACGAGGCAACGCGCGGAGAAGGGAUUUAGCAGAGCAGGAGGGACACAGCAGUGAGAAGAGGGGAACGAGCUGCGCUGCUCUCCUGCACUGAGGGGCUGCUGCAGAGCUGCUGGGGAGGGACACGAUGAACAUCGAAGUGCACAACAUCACCUACACCAGUGCCACGGUGUCCUGGACCACCACCAACCCCUGUCCGGAGAACUACUACCACGUCAUGUACCGCCCCAACUGGAACAGCGUUUUUGCAGGCUAUUUGCGCCAAAACUUCCACCGCGAGGAACGAGUUCCCCACUCCCUCAGCUCCAUCAUCCUCCAUCGCCUCACGCCCUCCACCAUCUACAUCCUCUGCAUCACAUGCAAGAACUCCUACCCCUCCAGCAACCACUGCACCACGUUUCACACGCUGGACCAAAGCCCCCUGCUUUUCAACGGCUCUAAGCAUGAGACCACCACCUCCAUGUGGAUGGUCAGCAGCCUCUUGCUGCUCUGCUUUAUAGCUCUCUUGGUGUAUGGAUGCCUGCAGUUCUGGGCUGCACAUUGCUGUGGGCCUUCCAGGCCAAAGCAACCCGAUGCCAGCCCCAAAGAAGUGGGUGAAAGCAGCAGCUCACUGGAUGCUCCUCUGAGCGAUGGACUGAAAGAAGAGCUUCUGGAAGUGCCCAUGACCACUGUGCUCGUGAGGAGCUCCAGUUUCAUGAGGGAGAGUCCAUAUAGUUCCCCACGCUGCUUCUUCCCUUAUAAGAACAGCGAUGACAAGACAGCCAUCCUGCCGCAGCACAGCCUUCAGUGAGAGCAAAAUAAAGAGGCCCUGUUUAGAAGUCUGGUUCAUGCUGCUCUUUCCCAGCUCUUCCCAGUUUGUUGUAUGCACAGGGGCUGUUUGUCCCAGGAUAGAACAUUAAGUAGAAACAUUAGGGAGAAAUGCUUUUUCAAGUGACAAAAAUAUUCUCAUUUACUGAGGGGUUUUUAAAAGGAAACAAAGUAAGCUUUCUGGGAACGGCCAUGCUAGGCUGACUGUAGUGUUACUAUCUAAUCUGCAUCACUGCUGUAGAUACAUAUCAGUCAUCAACCAGCAUGCACAAGAAAUAAACUCCACUCCAGUAGUUUCAUGCCUGAGUGAUCCUUCACUAGCAUCACACCCCAAGCCCUCAUAACACUUGUAUAAACAGUCAUCAUGGCCUGACAAAAGAGCUUUUUGUCAGUGUUAACUAGUUUACAUUAGCACUCCAGCAUUUUAGUAACUCCUAUUUUGAACUACAAAUGGGAUUCCUGUAGUAGCACCUUCCUUGGGGAGCAGCACCGUACUGGAACUCCAGCUCGCUCUGCUCUCUGUUUAGAUGGAUGUGAGUUGGUCUCAGUACCACCAGCAAGCAAAGGGUGGCGUCGACACCCCCUCACACAGACAUGUUAUGGAUAAUAAUAUGGGAAAGCAAUAGCAAAAAGCACACUGAAGCUGCUUCUUGCAUGGCUUUUUUGUUUCAGAUGGCAAUGUGAUGCUCUACAUUCACACUCACCACACUGCUAUUGAACUAGAUAUUGCAUUUGUUUCUUCCCAAAUAAAGGAUUCCAAGAUCCAC